AUGAUGCGCCGCAACUCUGACAUCGAGAUCCAGCUGCCUGAUGCUGGUCCCACUCCCCUAUCCCCAAACUCCGUAACCGAAUCGGACGUGGAAAUGUUAUCCGAAGAGUCGGCACCGCCGCUGACUCUUCCACCACACAUCGCAGCUCGCUUCUACCGUCGCAACAGCAAGGUGAGGCGCUCCUCCGUGGCCUCUUCGCGGCGGAGCUCGGUUUCUUCGCUGCAUUCACAACACUCAAAUGCUUCCUCGAACGGAUCGCCGAGUGCGGACCAAGUCGCCCAGCACCUCCGCCGCACCUCCAUACUUGAAAGCCGUAAAGCGAGGCUGGCCGACCGAGCGUUGCACGCCGAGAAGGUGAGGUUACGCGCUGCUCUCGCAAAGGCCGCUACCAGAAACCUACACAGCGAGGAGAGAGCUUUAGCUGCCCAGCAAGCUCGCGAACGUCUUCUGGCGGACAUCACCGCCAAGUGCGAAGAUCAGGUCAAACGGGCCAAGAAGAAGGCCGAGGACCAGCGAGAGAAACAAGCUGCAGAGUAUGCGCGCUUGCGGCUGGAAAUGGCAGAGAAGCUUGCAGAAGCUGAGAAACGGCGGACACUCUACCAGCAGAGCCAACGGCGGCAGCGUACCAGCAGCCUUCCGGUUGCCGAAGAAAAGAAAAUGGCGCGAGCGGUCACGAAAUCGUUGACUCAAGACGGAGCGGCUCGAAAAAUCCAGCGCGUCUGGAGAACCCAUCAUGCGAAGGGCGUGAUGCAGGAAUUCCGGGCACUCAGCCUGUCGAUUGACCGAGUUCGGGAGAUGUCGUUUGAAGAAGUCGGAGCUCUUCUUUCCGACCGGAAGGCUCUCGAUACUACGACAAAGGUACUUCGGCUCUGCGGGCUGCAGGACAUGGAGGGAGGGGCGCUGGGUGAACGUGGUGCGGUGCGCACGUUCCUUAGCAGCUAUCUCAUCGUCACCCAUCCAGCCGAGGUCUUGAGUGGUGAUGGCGAGCAGGAACAGGACUUGAUUGCUAAGGCACGUGAAGUGCUGGUCGCCUUUGAGCAAGUCGCUGCGCUACUCUCAUCGGGCUGCUGCUCGCCAACCGUGAUCACUGCAGACCUUCAAAACCUUUGUGAAUCCUACAAUGUGUUCUUCUCAGCGUUCCAUGCGUGGAAAUCUCACGAUUCGACCGUCCUUAUUGAGAUCAUGCUUGCUCAAUUUGUUGAGUUGGAACUUAUUUGGCAGACUGUCAAGGGUGAUACAGCCGGCGGUGUCGCAGAGGAUUACCGACAGGGCAUACGUCAGAACCAAAUACUACUUCUCGCCAGGCUCAAGCGGCUUGCAGGCUCUGAUCGUGCUAUGCAAAUGAUCCGAGACUCCCUGAAGAAGGCAAAGAAAGAAAAGAAGCGCUCUACCUCUAAGCAGGCCAUUCCUCGGUGCGCCGAGGCAGCACCCUCAUCGGGGAGUGUUUUGACAGAGAGUGUCACAUCCCCCAUUAGUGAGUCAUUCAGCAAUGUUGAUAUUGCCGUUCUCCAGGAAUUGGAUAAGCAACGAGUUUCUCCGCAUGAGCGGUUCACCAAGAUCCUCACGGCUCUCCCCGAGAACCGUGUCUUGGUACAUGAGCUUUUGCUCAAUAAAGAAUAUAAGAUUGAAGAAGCAUUAUACACAGAGCCACGCAGACAAAUUAUGGAGAAUAUGUGUCAUCAGAUGAGGCGAGAUGUUGAGGCCGGACAGGGCACAGGGUGGACUGUUGCCAUGGCCACUGUGAUCCAAGAUCGCCUUCUGCGCUCGUUGCAACCUGGAAAUUCCCUGUACGUGCUUAUCAGUGAGGUUCUUGACCCGAAGCUGGUUGAGAACCAAUGUAAAGCCGGGUCAUUUUCUUAUGAGAAUUUCUUCGACUUUAUGAACACUAUUUUGCCUCGACUUUGUGCACCAUACCGUGAUCCAGUGGUCAAAGCCUUUGCCGAAGACAGUUCUGGCGAUGCUAUCGAUCGUUUGGCGAGGCUGAUGAGCAUGAUUGAUUUGCUUUCGCUGGAUCACACGAAUUUCAUGAUCCAAAUCGCGGCUCCGCAGCUGAUUCAAGAGGCUCCCGGGUAUGAACGGCGGAUAUUCGACCAGGGUGUCUCUGAUGGAACUAUCGAUUUAAGCAAGUCCCGACGUUUCUGGCGAGUUCAUCGUAAGUCUAUUGCCGAUGAUAUGAAGAAGCGAGACCCGGAAAAUAUCCAUGGGGAGCCUCGACCGCCCGCCAUGCGAGUGUAUGCGCACGGGCUCGCUGAUCUUGUGCUCAGUAACGCUACCGUGUCCGAGGAUUUGAUUCCCGAGACACCAGGCCUGGAUACCUCUCGACUGGAGCGCCUGCAUGCCCAAGCAUUUCGCAUUGUGGCAACAGCUUCUAUCUUGUUGACGGCCAAAAAUCUCCUGAAGCGGGAUGCACGGUCGCAGUGGAAGCAAGAGGCGGAUCGUAUUCUAUCACUGGACUUUUGUGAGAUCAGCGCGGAACGGGUGCAGUCCAUUCUUCAGUCGACACAUCCCAUGCCGCCUAAUGCUAGCGCACAACUCGCAGCUACUAUUCGACGAGUGCUUGCUCCGGUCGCCACAGCAAGUGUUGUGGCCGCACCUGGGGCCUCGGUCCAAGUCACAAUCGAGAGAUCGGAAGCUACCCCGGAUUCCUCAGGUAGCGGUCCAUCCGCACCCAGCUUCUCCGACCCUGUGGCGAAGCUGAUCCUAUCGCGUCUGCGGAGUCACGUUCUGUCUCGUCUCAGCGCCUCGAGUGCCUCGGAGAGAGUACGCGCGACGACAACCGCAAGCCAGAGCCUGGCAGGAGCAGGCAUGCCCGAGUUUGUCAAUGAAGUCGGACAUUUCGUGGACGAAUUAGAGAAGAUUAGAGAGGUGGAUUGGCUCUGCCAUGGAGCAGUUCACGAGCGUCUUUAUGAAGAAGGCGCCCCCUCAUAG